UAAACUAGCUUUUCUAGCGUUCUUGACACAAUGUACCGACAUACUGUACCAUGUCGGCAAAAAUAAUACUGUUUUUACAUGUUGUCUUGUCCACUGUUAACGGUGAUGUGUCUCUGUACACAGCUCACUAAUGGCCACAGGGUGGCACUAUCAACCAUCGGUUAUGUUGGCUGCUCAAUAUCCAUCUUCUGUCUUGCCAUCACUCUUGUCACUUUUGCAGUUCUGUCGUCAGUGAGUACCAUUCGUAACCAACUACACAUCCAUGCCAACCUGUCCUUCGCCAUCCUGGUGGCUGAGAUCUUACUGCUCAUCAGCGCUCGCUUCGACCCGGGCACGCUGCCUUGCAAAGUCAUGGCUGUCCUGCUUCACUUCUUCUUUCUGAGUGCCUUUGCCUGGAUGCUGGUGGAGGGCCUCCACCUCUACAGUAUGGUGGUCAAGGUGUUUGGCUCUGAGGGCAGCAAGCACUUCUACUACUAUGGCAUUGGCUGGGGCUCUCCAUUGGUAAUAUGUGUGGUAUCCAUGACAUCAGCUCUGAACAGUUAUGGCGAGGUUGACAACUGUUGGCUGUCGCUGACGAAUGGGGCCAUCUGGGCAUUUGUGGCACCGGCUCUUUUUGUCAUUGUGGUGAACAUUGGCAUUCUCAUAUCCGUGACCAGGAUCAUAUCUCGAAUCAGUGGAGAGAGCUACAAGGUUCAUGGAGACGCCAACGCAGUCAGGCUGACUGUGAAGGCGGUGGCAGUGCUCCUGCCUAUACUCGGCAUUUCCUGGAUCUUUGGCGUUCUUGCUGUCAACACACACUCUUUACCUUUCCUGUAUAUUUUUGCUGUAUUCAACUCGUUACAAGGGUUCUUUGUCUUCUUAUUUCACUGUCUUCUCAACUCUGAGGUCAGAGCUGCUUUCAAACACAAAACCAAGGUGUGGUCUCUUACCAGCAGUUCCAUCCGAAACAUCAAUGUGAAGCCUUUCAACUCUGACAUUAUGAAUGGAAACAAGGAGGGCGUGACUCCCACGAAGAUGAACACAUGGGAAAAAAGCACCAACUCGGCUAAUCGUAUUGACCUCUCCGCUGUGUAGAACCAUUUCUGUCCGUGACAGGAGAGUAGUCUGAAGCUCACUAGUGUAGAAUGACAAACACUGGCUAGAGUUUUCUCCCACUAUGUUAUGUAAUGAAUCAGACACUCAUCUGCUCAAGUGAAAGUGAGACCAAGGGAGGUGUUUUGUAGCUGAAUAGUAGCUUCUCCUUUAAAGACAAACAGACUCCAAGGACUGUGCCUUUUUAUUUUCUCAUAAAAACAUACUGUGUUCCCAAAAACAAGAACAGGGAUUUCUGAGGAUGUCAUUGUGAGUCUUGGCGUACAGGAGUGUAGUUUAGGGUCCAGCAUCAAUGCUCUGUGUGGUGGAGCUUCUAGAUUCCAUCUGACAUCUGUAUAUUGCAGUUGAUUUAGUAAUUAGCAAGAGUUUAUUUAACUGAUGCUUAUUUGCUUUCUUGCUGAAAGUUAGAUGAAAAGACUGAUACCACUUUCAUGUCUGUUCAGUCAAUUGGAAGCCACCGCCAGCAGCUGGUUAAAAAGAAAUACCAAGGAAAGCUGUUUAUUUUCCUUAAAUAUAGUGUUAGAUUUAAGCCUUAAAGCUAUAGUGCGUAGUAUCUGCCUCCCCUAUGAGGAAUUCUAAGUAAUGACAACAAAACUGUUGGCAUGGUACAAGCCUACUGUGACCGUGCCAUCACAAAGGACAAAUUUGCUUAUUUUUCCUGAAUUAACUUCUCCAAGAUUCACCUGAGUCCUACAGCUUUAAUCCAAUGUUGGGGACACAACAACUGCAUGAUAACAAUGGCUGAAGCAGCAGUGAAUUCAACCCUAUGUAAAUCUGAUAUAAUGUAUUUAUUUAUUUUGUGAUUCUGAAUUCUCUAUCAUGUCUUCUGCAAAGUGUCACAGCUCAACAAUUGGUAUGUUCUCAUGUUGAAUUCUGUGUCUAUUUGUAUGUUUUCCCUUUCAAAAUGAACUGGUAUAUUUGCAGUACCUCACAUCUUAGUAAGCUGCAGUAUGUUAUGCUUUUUGAGGAAUCGUGAUUAAUGGCUGUGUUUUGGACACAAUUCUGUGAAGUUUAUGUUUUAGCUAUUUCUGUUGCAAUUUUCUUUCCAAUUUUCUUAAAUUUUUUUGUACAAUGAAAUAUGUUCUACAACAGAGGGACUUUACAAGGUUGUUGCUUUUAUUUCUUAAAAUACUGUGAGAAUAGAAGGAGAUGACAUCACUUAUAAUGUCAUUGAUCUUACACUGUACCAACAUUAGGCUUCCUUUACUCUAAGUCAGUCACUCUGCACUCACUUUUCAUGUCAAAUCUAAAUUUAGAUAUUUCAAUAUGCUUGUAUGGCCUUUAAUGAUUGUUGUCUUAUGGUACUAUGGUUUGUGCUUCCAAUUAUCUUUAUUAUAAAAUCGUUUCUGACAAUAAAUC